GGUUGGCGUUGCACACAAUCGACCAUGCAGAAAUUCACAAAGACUGUUUCAUCCAUCACUCCUUACUAUAACCGAUCCUCGUGGUAACCUCGAAAAUCAAAAUGGCACCCUCCCUUCAUCCCCUCCUCAACAACGGCAUCACCAAAGGGGAUGCCAACUUCCCUGGCGGCAAGCUGUACUGCAAGUGUUCCUCCGACCGGGUGACCGUCACCCUGGCCAGCAAUGUCGCCCAUAACCAUGCUUGCGGCUGCUCCAAGUGCUGGAAACCCGCCGGGUCGCUUUUCUCCAUCGUCGGGGUUGUGCCCCGCGACGCCCUCUCCGUAACGGCCCACGGCGAGAAGCUGGCCAUCGUCGACCCGACCGCCGCCAUUCAACGGUAUGCGUGCAAGCAGUGUGGCGUGCAUCUGUACGGGCGCAUCGAAAAGGACCACCCCUUCAAGGGCCUUGACUUUGUGCAUGCCGAGCUGUCCGAUCAGGCGGGGUGGCAGGAGCCUCAGUUUGCCGGGUUCGUGUCGUCCAUUAUCGAGCAAGGCUUUCCGCCACAAGGCAUGGGCGAAGUGCGAGGCAAGUUUCAGUCGUUAGGGCUCGAGACAUAUGAUGUGCUCUCGCCCGCGUUGAUGGAUUUGAUUGCGACCUAUACAGCGCAGAAGGCGGGGGUGUUGUCGGCAAAUCUGUGAGUCGAGGGGGAUGAGUUAGUGGGGGUGUAUAGUAAGGGUUGGGUUGAGGAAGGGAUUAGAAUCUGUACUUAGCCGAUGAGAUGUUACCAUGAGGUAGAAUGAUCAGCAAAUAUGGUUGCCAG